CACCAAUCUGUUCUUGUGGCUGGUAUAUGACAGCUAUACAUAUCAUGAGAAUAAGCGGCCUUUACAUUGAAAACAAAUCAUUGGCUCUACAGCGUGACGACUCCACGGCAUAACGAAUGAGAAAUAGUUGAGGCAAUGUCCACCAUCUGGUCACUAUCAUGAUGUGCUUUCCUUGAAGUCGAGAUGCAGAUCGAUCAGUUGAGUAUAUUUCUAUAAGGUCCCUACCAUUACUAGCAGCGCCUUGGAUUCAAUAAAAAAUCUAUUCAUUCAGCAAUUACUUAGUAAUCUGUCCAGUGAAUUAUCAUCUAUAUGAAUGUUCUUCAUCAUGCAGAACAGUUCUGAACUUCUCUACCACAUCAUCUUGACCGUCAUCGAGUUUCACCUCGAACCAUCGGGGUCCCAACGAGCUAUCUACAUUCUUGGCACACGCGCGACGAUCGAAGCCGCCAAAGACUCGGCCUUCAAGGUCCUCCAUACGCUGAGAUACAACCCUGAUGACUUUGUCGAAUACGCCGUCCAUUCACGCCAUGUCGGAACCUGGGAUCACGGCGACGGCGUUCUCAUCUACGCCAAAGCUCCCGCAGGCCAGGUAUUCCUUGUCUCUAUCCAGGCAACGCCUAACACCGAACUGCUCCAAGCCGAUCGGGACGGUGCCAUUCUGCUACCCCAUGGAGUACCUUCGCUUCACUACGUGACGCAGACCGUCAUCGACUACAACAAAGACCGGACCGGCUGCGUGCAGCAGAUGCAGAUAGAGGGGACGUUUGUUCACCGUGCAGAUGCGAGAAAAGCAGCACAGAAGCUGCUUGACCCUCUCGACUAUGUAGAGUAUGACACGCCGGAGAAGAUGAAGGGGGAGUGGCCAUAUGGGGAGGACAUCCUUAUUCACGCAGUCGCGGAGACUGGAGAGAAUACCACUAUUGAGAUCAAGACUGUUGUUGAUACGCAUCACAAGCAUGGAAAAGAUAUUUAAAGGGGAUUCAUUAGUGAAGAGUUGUUGGCGUAGCGGAUUAGUAAGGCAUUGCUUCUUUGCCUAGGUAUUAUGAACUUUGGUUAAGAAAUUGUAUAACUAUGAUGGGACUGGCUAUUUGGGACUCAUGUUUCUGGAUUAGAAUCUUUGUUCUUGUCUCUUAAUUGAACACUCUCUGGAAGUCUCUUUUAGUGAAUUAAUAAAAGGAAAUAUCAUUAGCCCGG